AUGGCCGACGAACUGAAGGUCAACGCCACGAUAUUGGCAGCAUAUCCAGAAUGGACGGCGAAGCCGGAGAUCAAGUUGCCGGGCUGGGGUGAGGCAGUCAUAUUCGUCACCAUCCUCUUCGGCGGCAUGUUGCUCACUCGACGCCGCAACUUCUCCCUCUUCACCUCCCACAAAGGCCAAUACCGCUCCAUCCUCGACCAGACACCACGCAACUCGCAGUCUUCCGGCGAACAAAUAUACGACCUCGAUAGCGACGAUGACCUCCCCGCUCACGAGAAACACUCCUCCAAAACCCGCUCCUGCUGCGGUGUCUGGCCGAUCCACACCCCCAACACCACACGCUUCCGCCAAAACCCUCACAGCCGGCUCUUCCAGAAGUUCCCCUUCCUCGUCGAAAUGCUCUACUGGCUCCUGAACUACCUCUUCUACCGCAUGACCGCGGUCCUCUCCAAUAAAGUCUUCACCGUCGUCGGAAUCUGGCAAGCAGCGCAGAAUCACGCCCUUAGCAUCCUUUCAGUCGAACACCUCAGCUGGCUGAACUUUCUCUUCCCGCUCCGCGAAGUCAAUCUCCAGCAGUGGUUCAUGCACGGCCAUCAAGACCUCCUGACGUUCCUAGACAGAUUGUACUCCUUGAUCCACAUCCCCGGCUCAAUGGCUUUCGUUGUGUGGUACUACUAUGUGGCGCCUUCGCACGCGACGUUCGCGACGGUGAGGAGAACGAUGACGCUGACGAACUUCAUGGCGUUCGUGACGUUCGUGUUCUUUCCGGUCAUGCCACCGAGACUGCUGCCGGAGGAGUAUGGGUUUCUGGAUACCGUGCACAUGGAGGAUGCUGCGUCUCUGUGGCAGUCAGGAAAGCAUGUGAACAGUCUCGCGGCGAUGCCGAGCAUGCAUUUCGGGUACUCGUUCGUCAUUGGUUGUACGAUGAUCUACCACUCGGGCGUCUUUCGAUCGCGGUUCGAGAAGUUUGAGACUAGGAAGAGUACGUUCUGGAGGGUGGUAUACGUAUCGCUGGGGGUCAUGUAUCCGAGCAUGAUCUUGUUGACCAUCGUUGCGACGGCGAAUCAUUUCUGGCUCGAUGCGAUGGUGGCGUUAAUUUAUUGCUGCGUUGCGUUCGUGGCGAACAAAGUCUUCUACGUGCUUUUGCCGCUGGAGGAUCUGUUUCUGUGGGUCAUCAGAGCGGAGAAGUCGGUUCCUAGCACCGGUGAGAGGUUUCAUGCGAAAGGUGGGAGGAUAUAA